CGCUUGGUGAUGACGUAAACUUCCCGCGACUCAACGGGAAGCAAACAUCUGAAAGUUCAGAAGCGUAUUUUUGUAAUCCUUGAAUAAUUUCAGGAACACUGUUAAUAUCGUAAGGAGCUGGGUGUCAGAAUUCAAUCCGACAUGACUUCGUUAAUGCCUCAGAAGCGUUUUUACAGACAGAGAGCCCAUUCAAACCCGAUGGCGCAUCACACGUUUGAUUAUCCGGUGUGUCCUGAGGAAAUGGACUGGUCCAAGCUGUAUCCAGAUUUAAUAAGCAGCAACUUGUCCGAGGAGGAGACCCCUCGGGUUGAGUUUGCAGACAUUGGAUGUGGCUACGGGGGGCUUUUAGUGGAAUUGUCUCCACUCUUCCCAGAUAAACUUAUUUUGGGUUUGGAGAUCCGAGUCAAAGUGUCCGACUACGUCCAGGACCGCAUCUGUUCGCUGCGUAGCGGUAACCCAGGGAGCUACCAGAACAUUGCCUGCCUUCGCAGCAACGCAAUGAAGUACCUCCCCAACUUCUUUUUGAAAGGGCAGCUCAGUAAGAUGUUCUUCCUGUUUCCUGACCCGCACUUUAAGAAGACCAAACAUAAAUGGAGGAUCAUCAGUCCCACGUUGUUAGCAGAGUACGCCUAUGCGCUGAGAGUCGGGGGUUUGGUUUAUACCAUCACAGACGUGGAGGAGGUCCACCUCUGGAUGGUGAAGCACUUCAGCGAACAUCCAUUGUUUACACGUGUCUCGGAUGAAGAACUGGUUGAUGAUGUCAUUAUAAGUCGUUUAGGCACCUGUACUGAAGAAGGAAAGAAGGUGCAGAGGAACGGUGGGAAGAAUUACCUCGCAGUCUUCAGAAGGAUUGAAGAUUCAAACUCAGAUUAAAUUCAUUUGUACAUAAAUGAGUGUUUUUCACCCAGCUGCAACACUUAUUGUCUUUAAUUUGUAUUAAUCAACUAAAAGAUUUCUUUUGAGUCUUUUUUUUUUAUUAUGCAUUUUAUUAUUUAGCUCACUGGUGAAAAUAUUUUUUUUUAUUUGAGAAUUUGGUGUUUUUUUAAAUAGUUUGAAAGUUUGCUGAUGAAACUUUGCUGGAGACUUCAUUUUGUUUCUACAAAGCACCAAAUAAAGGAAAGGCUUACCAAUCA